CGCGCUUGCCGUCUCACCAGUGUCUGGAACGACGAAAGAGGAAGAAAUGGGGAUAUCUUCGGUCACAGAAGGAACUACCGUAGUCCUCGGCGCGAAAACAAAGACAGGAAGUGAUCCUGGAGGAGGUAUAGAUCUAUUAGCAGCCCUGCAGCUUCAUAAUACUACUCGACAGGGCGUUAAGCAGGUGCCGGGUCUGAUUAGAUUGAGACCAGCCUAUUAUCUUCAGGGCGAGGAGAGGGAGCUCCGACUGAACGAGGAGAACUUCGAACGGGCGGCCGCGCUACUCCGGCGGGUUCCGGAAUUCACUAUAGCAGCCGCGCUGCGCCAAGAGGAGGCCAAUUCUGGGACGAUCGUCGCCUUUGCACACGGGAACAAUAGGUAUUUGGAGCUGCAGAGCAGCGGACGCAAGGACGAGCUUCGACUUCAUUAUGUAUCACGCCGCGACGGAACCGUACACGUCGAGGCGUUUCCUUUCCGAUUAGCCGAUGGCGCCUGGCACAGGGUCGCCCUGAGCAUAAGCGGCUCGCAGGUCGAGCUGCUAGUCGACUGUCACCCUUUGUACAGGCGACUGCUGAGACCUGGUCCACCCGACACCAAUUUCACCCUGCCGCAGCUCCAGCUCUGGGUAGGGCAGAGAAACAUCAGGCACUUUCUCUUCAAGGGUGCUUUACAGGACGUCAAGUUAAUAGCAGGACCUCACGGUUAUCUUUCCCAAUGUCCUCAGCUCGACUCAUCUUGUCCCACUUGCGGUCAAUUUUCGAUAUUACAGAAUACUGUGGAACAGCUAAUGCACAAUCUCAAUGAAUUGACUCGUAGGCUAGCCGCUGCAGAGGGCAGGAUAAGUAAAGUGGAGGAGUGCGAGUGCCAAAAGUCCUGUAGAGUGAAUGGUACUGUCCACGAUGACGGCGAAACGUGGUCAAAGGGUUGUCAACAUUGUUCCUGUCUUCACGGCGAGGUCGAGUGUAUACCUACGUCCUGCACUCCGGUCACUUGCAAGAAUCCCAUCAUUCCUGAGGGACAAUGUUGCCCGAUUUGUCUCAGACAAUGUUACUUGCAUGGCGUAAUUUACGAUCACGGCGAGAGGGUCUCGCCGAAGCAGUGCGUCGAGUGCAACUGCUACGACGGUAGCUUCACCUGCACAAGAAUCGACACUGACACCAAAUGCCCACCACUGCCGUGUCCAUCCAGUGAGCAACUCAGCGUGGCAGAGGAAUGUUGCAAGUUUUGCCCAGGGGUGGACUACUGCGCGAAGGGCCACAAGUGUCAUACUAACGCGUCCUGCCUGAAUCUCCAGACGACCUACGCCUGCCAUUGCGAUAUCGGUUUCCAGGGGGAUGGUCUUAACUGUCACGACGUAGACGAAUGCAACCAGCAAGGUGGAUCGAACGGUCACUACUGCAACGCGAACACGAAGUGCGUCAACGUGAUCGGCUCUUACACGUGCGAGUGUCUUCCGGGUUACUAUAGAAUGGACAAGUUCAACUGUGCCGAGCUAGAUGAGUGCGCGACUGGUCAGCACUUGUGUGACGAGCACGCCACAUGUGUGAACACUAACGGUAGCUACUACUGCAUCUGCAAGGACGGCUAUACCGGCGAUGGUUUCACAUGCAAACCUGUGUGCAAUCAGACUUGCCAGAAUGGUGGCGAAUGCGUGGCACCCGGAAGGUGCUCCUGCCGACGCGGUUAUAUCGGCAACAGUUGUGAACUCGACCUGGACGAGUGUGCCAGCGAUCUGCAUCGAUGUCAUCAAUCGUCCACGUGUUUCAAUAUGCCCGGCUGGUAUUACUGCCGGUGCAAGCCUGGCUACAGGAGCGCCCUGCAUGAGAGCACUCAGGGCACGCAAUGUGUCGAUAUCAACGAGUGCAACGAUCUAACGCUCGAGAGGAGGCACACGUGUCAUCCUACCGCAAAAUGCGUCAACACCGAGGGCGGCUAUGAGUGCGUAUGCCCACCGGCGAAGGACCUGGAAGAGUCCGGAAAAGAAUGCAGACUCAGUUGCUGGUUCGAAGAUCGGGAAGUUAACAAUGGUGACACGUUGGCACCGUCCGGAAAUCCUUGCAGGAGAUGCACAUGCCAAGACGGCGUGAUCACUUGCAAGGAUCCCGUAUGUGACUGCAGCGCACCGGGAAGCCACAGGGACAAGUGUUGUCCUCAAUGUAAUCCCGCCGCGUCCUGUAGGCAUCAAGAGCUCCAUCACCUAGUCUUCAGAAGCGGAGAACGUUGGAUAUACCAAUGUCAGACUUGCGAGUGCCUGUACGGCGAAAUAGACUGCUGGCAGAUGGAGUGUCCACCGGUGACCUGCUCGAAUCCCGUAACCGAGGAGGGCGAUUGUUGUCCGCGCUGCGAGGACGAUCCCUGCGCUCGUGAGGUGUUGGUGAACGGCACCUCGUUCACGGUUCCUAGUCGUCCCCGGCCAUGCAGCUACGCCGGCAUCGUCCACGACAGCGGCAGCUCUUGGCAGGACCCCCACGACAAAUGCACCACGUGCGAGUGCAAGGUGCCGUACUGCGCCCAAUUGGACGGGCAGCUUUGCUGCAGCUACGAUUAUGGCUGCGCUGGCGAUUUGGGCAACGACAAACAGCAACGUUCUUCAAUCGCUGUUCCUGAGCUUCUCAUACGCCAUCCACCGGACCAUGCGGUCCAGUCGCUGGUCAACGGUGCACCGGAAGCAGCUCUACCAGCAGCGGUCACUGACACAUCCGGCACCACACGCACCAUCACCACUUCCUCCAUCGCGAGCACCACUUCUCCUGUCUCGUCGCUCUCGCACUACUCGUCAUCCUCCAGCAUCAGCAACGACAACCCUCAUGAUCUCAGGCAAGACCACGCAACGGGCUCGCACAUUUUGGCCAUGUCGCGAGCCCAGCAAAGAGACAUGGCCUAUCAUGCCAUCAGAUCGCAACAAUACCAGCAACAAGCGUCGACCACGAGACACCAGCAGUUCAUUGCAGGCUCGACGACGUCGUCGACGGCAUCAGAACGGUCCUCAGCGCCGUCGACGACGACGACGACGACGAGAACGCCGUCCGCGACGUCCAUCGGCGGAUCAACGUUGUUGCGACGCGGUCAGUCAUCGAAUACCAUCAAUCAUCACGGCGGUGCCGCCUUUUCCUCUUCCUCGUCGUCAUCAUCAUCGACUCUCUCUGUGGUCUUGGCAACCUCAACGAUCGAGGAGCCCGAUCUACUACCCGCGAGCGUCCCCGUGCAAAAUCCGAUCCGCCAGCUGGUCGGUCGCCGUCGCAAGGACAGCAGAAAGUCCAUUGUCCUUGACAGCGCUACUUGAGGGCCGUGGAUCUAGAGGAAGAUAGAAAAGAACGAACGCGCGACACAUUUGGCAAGGCAUUCCAGAAGGGAAACCCGAAGAAUCUCCCAUAGUCGUCCGACGCACGUUGCCUGUCUAUUACAUUGUCGGCAAAAAGGGGGAAAUGAGAUCGAUAGUUAGCGAAAAGAAGAUACGGGAUCAUUGAUGACGUAGGCGAUGUUUGCGGAGGAUCGGUGCCACGAGGAAGAUUCGUUCCUCUUUCUGGAACCUGUUUUAGGAAUUCGUCUGGCAUUUCCGAGGUCAACGCCUCGUCAAUGGAGCUAAAUCGACGAUCGCAUCACUGACCUUGAUCCUAGUCCAGCUAGAUUCUAGGUUCUUAAACUAAGAUCGAAGUCGCUGAUACUGUCAAGUUCGUGUUGUUUGCGAUCGAGUCGUUUGCGGGUGAAAUCACCUAGUCGCUAUUGACAUCCGGACCUAGAACAGCCGCG